UUUCGAUAAAGCAGAAAGAAACCAAAAUGGAGUUAUACCAAGUUCACAUCCUAGCAUUUGCAACUUUGAUAUGUUUUACCUCCGCUGCCCAUGGCUGGGGGGUUGAUGGCCAUCUCAUUACUUGUAGACUUGCUCAGCCGAGGUUGAGCAAAGCUGCUGCCGACGCUGUGUCCCAACUGCUGCCUGCAUAUGCUGGUAAUGAUCUCGGUAGCUUGUGCUCGUGGGCUGACCGAGUUAGGUUCCGUUACCACUGGUCGUCACCCCUUCAUUACAUUGACACUCCGGAUGAACUCUGUUCCUAUCAAUACAAGAGGGAUUGCAAAGAUGAAGAUGGAAUAGAAGAUAGAUGUGUAGCUGGAGCAAUCUACAAUUACACUAAUCAGCUUAUGGCAUAUGGCACUGGAAAUUCUCAAUAUAAUCUCACUGAAGCGCUUCUCUUCCUAGCUCAUUUCAUUGGGGACAUCCAUCAGCCUUUACAUGUGGGAUUUACUUCAGACAGGGGAGGAAAUACUAUUGCUGUGCACUGGUACACAACUAAAACAGUACUUCAUCAUGUGUGGGAUGACAGUAUUAUUGAAACUGCAGAAGAAAGGUUCUACAGUUCCAACGUAGACGAAUUCAUUAACACGCUCCAAACAAACAUAACGACAGUGUGGGCGAGCCAAGCAAAGGCAUGGGAGGCCUGCAGCAAGACAGUUUGUCCAGACGCAUAUGCAUCUGAAGGGAUAAAAGCAGCGUGCGACUGGGCAUACAAAGGAGUCAAUAACGGCUCAGUUCUUGAAGGUACAUAUACAGAUGACUACUUCAUGUCCCGUUAUCCGGUGGUAAAUAUGAGGCUAGCUCAGGGCGGAGUGAGAUUGGCAGCUACUCUUAACAGUAUAUUUGGAUAACAGAUGAUAUCAACUCUUUCAAGAUCAAGAGGGCUCCUUAGCUAUGCAAGUUUGUACCAAUUUGUGAGAAAUUAUGCUGCUUAUUCCAUUCUAAUUUCUUGUAUGAUUGGAGACUCACUUUUAACAAUCAAAACAAAUAACAAGUACUAAAACAACAAGAAAA